GCACUAGGCGCGCGCAGACACGACUCAAACCAAAGUUAUAGUGAUCCACAGGCUGCUACACGAGUGAACCAACAGGUCCUACUCGACCCCACUGUGUGUGCGAAACUCACCCAGAGCCUCGGGGCCAUUCAAGAUCGUUGGGUCCGCGGGCCAUGUGAGCGCGCGGUGCGGCUUGUUUCAGCAGAGACAUGCGGAGUGUCGGAGUAGUCUUCAACACUACAGGCUGUACUGAAGAACAUGGAGAGCGGGGCAGUGUGCGCUCUGGACAGACCCGCGGCAGAGCUCACGGUGGUGGACGUGUACGACAUCGCCGCGCUGCUGGGGCAUGAAUUUGAGCGGGUCAUUGACCGCUACGGCUGUGAGGCCAUGAUCGGAGUGGUGCCCAAAGUGGUCCGUGUGCUGGAGCUGCUGGAGGCCCUGGUGAACUACGGUGGAGCCCGAAAUAAAGCCGAGGAGCUGCAGCUGGAGCUAGACAGACUGCGGCAGGAGCGCAACGAACGCUACGAGCAGGACCGAAGGCACCAGAUGGAGCUGGAGCUGGUGGAGGACGUGUGGAGGUCUGAAGUACAGGACCUCCUGUCUCAGAUCUCUCAGCUCCAGAGCGACAACAAGAAGCUGCAGCUGUCCCAGGCUGUGAUUGAGGGUCCUCUGGCUGUGGACCCACAGCAGGAGCAGGAGGCUCUAGGAGUGUCUGAGAAGGAGCGUGAGGUGCUGCAGAAACUGAAGAUGCUGGUGGAGAAGCAGAGGGAUGAGAUCCGCUCCAAAGAGAACGAGCUGUCUCUGAGGAACUGUGACGUGGAGGCACUCCAGCUGCAGCAGAGCCGUGUGAUGAAGAUGAACCAGGAGCAGCGACACAGGCUGGCUCUAAUGGAAACCCAGGGAAAGGCUUUGGUGCAGCAGAGGGCCGAGCUGGAGGCAGUGGCCCAGGCACGGCUGCAGGACCUGGGCCAGCUGAAGCAGGACGUGUCCCGCCUGCAGAGGGAGCUCCAGGACCUUCAGGACCUGCAGCUACACUCACAGCUGGAGCCUGUACACAUGAAUGAGGGGCUGAGCAGGGCUGAGGCUUUACCUGCUGUCACUGCUACCCUCAGUGGGGCCUCCACUGCUGCAGGGGAUGCUGCAGUGAAGCCAUCCUCAGUAUGGAUGGAAUGUGCAGGAGACGCGGAGUUUUUGGCAAACUGUUUUGAACGAGAGCCCCUGACCGCAGCCUACUGUGAGGAGACGCAACCAGCACUUUUAUUGGACCGGUCAAUUGGGGCAGAUGUGGGGGACGACACAGACAGCAGUGAGUCAGACAGUCCUCGGUUCACCCUCCAGGAACUCCGGGAUGUCCUGCAUGAGAAGAACCAGCUCAAAGCCCAAGUGUUUUUGCUGCAGGAGGAGCUGGCCUUCUACAAACCGGAAGAGUGUGAAGAGGACCUCCGUACGUAUGGUCCAUCUGAGGAGGAGCGCUCUGAGCCUGCAGCUGCUGCUGAGGAGCCCGAGUCUGGCAUCCGCAGACUGAUCUUCACGGCCAUCAUGCCCAUGGUGGCAGCAGGUCUGAUCUCAGAUGAUCCCACCUUGAUACCCAUCAGAAGAUUCUCCAUGGUCUGAUCUUUUAACACUAUUUAUUCUUUUAAACUCUUAGUCAUGUACAUGGACAAUCUACUGUUUUUAUUUUUAUUGGUUUUAAAGUUUUAUUUUUAAUUGUUUGUCAAUGUGUAAUUUAUUCAGCUUUAAAACCAUUUUUCUUGAUGGUGCCUUUAAAAAUACAGACAGUACAGUAUUCAAGAAAAAAUAGCACUUUGAAAUAGUUAAAUUAGAAUGGUUCUUUAAAUUGUUAAUGUGUGUCCUGUUUUAUGGCAGGGAUGUGGAUUCUGUAAAAAUCAUGUCAAUAAAGUUAUUUUAUGU